UGGGACCAGAUCUUAAAGGAGGGUGUAAGUAGUGAUGUCACUCAAGGGGGAGGAGUGAGUGACGUAUUUCUGGUGAAGUCAGAAAGGGAGGGGAAGCACAGAGAGAGGGAGAGAAAAAGGAAGCACUCCGAUAAGUCUUUUUUUGUAUGUGUGUGUACUUUUUUCAAAGUUAGACAAACGUUCAGCAACAGGAGGUGCGAUCGGAGAGUUUGAUGGGAUCAGUAUGUGAGGAGCAGGAUCCGAGGCAGAGCUCGGUUUAUGAGCAGCUGUGCACAGCUGAUGACAGCAUAAAAUAUUAACACUUUUCUAGGCCUUGGGCCUCGAGUGACCACAGAGAGGUCCCGCUCAGACGUGUGAAAAAAAAAAAAAAAAAAGGAAAGUAAUGUCUUCUGACUUGGACUCCAGUCUCACAAGCAUUGACUGGCUGCCCAAACUGGGAGUCAGCAGCCUGCGCUCAGGGAAAAAGAGAGGAGGAGUGGAAAAGGACAAGAAGAAAGAUAGAGGGAGGGACAGAGGGGACUUUAUACCACCGGUACCAAGCCCCUCCACAUCUAACUGUAAAGGAAAACCCCCCCAUAGCUAUGCCACUCUUAUCGCCAUGGCAAUAGCAGCUGCACCUGAGAAGAGGUUAAGUUUAAAUGACAUCUACACCUGGAUCAGCGACACCUUCCCCUACUACAGCCGAGCAGGCCGCGGAUGGAAGAACUCCAUCCGUCACAAUCUGUCCCUGAAUAAAUGCUUCAGGAAAGUUCCCCGACCACAGAGUGAUCCUGGAAAGGGCUCCUAUUGGACGAUGGAUGGGCCCUCAGAUGUGGGUCAGAUGAGGGCACAGAAACGGCCCUAUCCAGAGGAAGAAGAGGAGGAAGAGCGGGAGGAAACUCUUCAAGUCCCAGAGACCCAAUCCCUGAGAGGCCCGUCUGUUCACCAGCCCUCGACUGCUUCUCAUGCUGACCUCCAUCUUUUUAACUCCUCUCCGCUUGGGCAUGUGCAGAAGCUGCCUCCUCACUCUACUUCUCUCACUCCUCCUCCAUUCAAGCAGUCGUCUCCAUACGUGCCUCCUCCUGUCUCGAGUCUGCUGGCCUCCAAUCUUCCUGUGUCCCAGUCUGCCGGAGUGCCUCCCAGUUCUUUUCCCCAUCCACCUAUUUCCACCUACACCGGCGCCGCCACUCAUCUGCCCUCUGUCAACAUGUCGACAGCCUCUGCAGCUGCUUUUUCUCAUCCAGUGUCGUCCUUUGCGGUCACAUCGGACCCACUUCCCCACUCUACAUUCUCUUCCAACCCCUCAGGCGUGUCAGGCAUCGGUAACUCCUGUGUAACAACUGCGCCUUCAUCUUCCAACGCCCUUCCUGUUGUUUCUGAGCCUCCACUGCGCUUCUCCUUUGAGGAGAUGAAUAUACCAGACCUGUAUGCAUCUUUCAAGUCUCUCUUCAAGACAAUACGGGAGAGGGGGGGCUCUGUGUCGGACAGCCCCUCUGUGCUCGUCCCAAACAGUGACACUACCCCACUUCACACUCCAACUUUGCCCCCGAUGUCUCCUCCUCCUCAUGCAUCUGCACCACACGCUCUCAGCGCCCCACCUGCACCAGGCGUUCCACCUGCAGCAGCUACACACCCUCCAGAGACAGAGCGCAUGGCCCAACACACACUACCCCCUGACUGGUUCUGUACCCAAGAUUCUCUGAAGGAGAGCUUCCGGAUCGUCAGCAACCUGAACUGGGCAAACAUUGACCUCACCGGUCAUCCAGAUCUGCUGGAAAGCAUGAGGCAGGCGGAGCUCUGCGACUGGGCCCUGGACCCGGCGGUCUUCACCUCCCUCUGCGACUCCCUGAACCGCUUCUUCUCUCAGAAAGGCAUGAUCAGCCCUGGCAGUCGCUCCCCCAUCGCUCUCGGAGGCCCUCACUCGACUCAGCCCUCGCCCCUUUCCUACUCUCCCAUGGUUCCUUCCACCAACGGGCCGCAGCCUCCCCGGAGGCCGCUGCAGCCAGGCCUUCACAUGAGACCUCAGCUGACGCAGCCUCCAAGCACAGCUGGUGGGAUCCAGCCGCAGGCUCCAACGCCUCGACAGCCUCCUCCUCUUAAGAGUUGGCGUGGAAACAGCGAGGAGAUUAGCGAUGAAUUUAACUGGGAUACUCUAAUUGAUUGAACCUCACUGCACUAUAAAACACAGAAAUAUCAUAUAUUGUUUUUUUCAGAAGUUGUAUUUUUUUCUGUAAGCACAUCUGGGAUAGUUUUGACACGAGAACAAAUGUCGGAGUUGAAAGUCUACUUACUCCAAAAUGCUGUAUUCCUGCUGAAAGAGUUUUUUUUUCUUUAUGGAGGAGGUUCACAGGGUUUGAGCUUCACAUCAAACUUUAAAAUGUCAAAACCUAAGGUGACACGAUGUCCUUUUUUCUAUUUGCUGCUGAUCUUCUGAGCAUUGACAGACAAACACAUCCUGCGUUUUUCUUUUAUUUCAUAAAUUUCUUUAGAUUUUUUUUCUUCAUUUUACAUUUCAAAUGUGAAUGUUUACAGCUGACACCAGACAAAAAUUCAACCUUACCCAAUAAGAGCUUUUUCUUGAUAUAAAAUAACGAUUUCAUUGAACUGAAUUAAAAGAAAAGCAUGAUUAAACAUGUUUUCAAGUCCC